UGGACAGAGAACAAGCAAGUGAUGACUGCUGCUGUGGAGAGAGGUUGGAAUACUUUCAUCUUCCCUUCCAAUCGUCAAGAUCUUGCCCUUGACUGGUCUUCAAUUGCAAUGAUAUCUCCUCUCUUUAUUGAAGAGGGGCGUCUCUUUGAUCUCGAGCAUCAGAGAGUUGCUGCAUUUGCUGAGGUUUCUUCUCCUCAGCAGUUAGAACAGCUACAGAUAUUGGAGGAACAGGCAGAUAAUGUUGUUGUUGAUCUAUUAGAUUGGCAGGUGAUACCUGCAGAAAACAUUGUUGCGGCUUUUCAAGGCACUCAGAAAACUGUACUUGCAGUCUCAAAGACACAGUCAGAAGCUCAAGUCUUUCUUGAGGCCUUGGAACACGGUUUGGGUGGUGUAGUGAUGAAAGUUGAGGAUGUCGGGGCAAUCCUUGACCUGAAGGGUUAUUUUGACAGAAGACAUGAAGUGGACAGUCUGUUGAACUUGACCAAAGCCAAAAUAACUCGUGUUCAAGUGACUGGAAUGGGUGACCGUGUCUGUGUGGAUAUUUGUAGCCUCAUGAGACCUGGUGAA